GCUUUGGGUUUAUCACAUUUGAAUCUGAAGAUGUUGUUGAAAAGGUUGUUGAGAUUCAUUUUCAUGAGAUCAACAGUAAAAUGGUUGAAUGCAAAAAGGCUCAACCCAAAGAAGUGAUGGCCCCUACAAACCCACUAGCCAGAGGUCGCGGCAUUGCUCGAGGUGCCCUUGUGACUGAGGAUGGCGCGAUAUUCUAUACAGAUUCCUUGAUUGGCGAAGAAGCCCUUAUUCCAGAAAUAUGCUACAUGCACCCGGGCUUCCCAGGAUUUGCUGCGGCGGCGGCCUACGGGAGAGCAGGCUUUCCCCCAAUGACCCCUGGCUACAUCACAUACCCGACAGUCAGCCUGGGCCCUACCAUGAUUCCCAGCGUGGGGUUGACGUCCACGGCAAGUAGCACCAGCACUGCCAUGUCCCAGGGGUCGGCGCCGCCUGGGCUAACACUGACGCAGGCAACCCCCGUCUUUGCCUGUGGCUCCACCGUAGGGCCACAAAUUCCUCGACCAGCGCAAUACGCCGCCUCAACACCUUGUAUGCAGGUGGCCAGACCACCUAACCCAUGUAACACUUCAUUCUUCACUCUGGCCAACCCUGUGCCUGUCCCUGGCUAUGGUUACCUCCCUUUGUCAGCUGCUGGUACUGAGCGCGCCAUGAUGGCCAAUGCUGGUGCAGCCUAUGCAGACUUUGGUGCUAAUCCAGUAGUGUCCGCCCCACUGGCCCUCCCCGCCCCCCAGACCCUGACCCCACGUAACGAUAGUGGGACCACAGCCCUAACCCUAGCCACCGCCACACACCAGCAGAGGGAGCUGAUGUCCAGAGCUGCCGGUCACACUGUUGGGGCUACAGUGCUUGGAGGAUAUGGAUCUUACCCGACCACUACCUCCCCCAUGAACAGGGCAUACACCAACUCUCCCCCCACCCCAAUGGACAUGUACUCACAGGAGAGCGUCACGUACAUCCAGCACAACGCCGCCACCUCCCCUCAGCCUGGGGCUUUCACUGCUUUUGGAUUGGGCAGGAAUCCCAGUCUAGCUAGUGCUCUGUUGGCAGGACGCAAUUUUUAAAGACAUUUACCUGCCGCACGAGUCCAGUGUGACCACUGGACAGGGGCAGUAAGCAGCAAGUGCAAGUCCAGUUUUUGUAGCAUCCGAACAUGCUACCCAAGGAAAAAUCGCAAGUGGAGGCAAUUUUAAAAAUCAGCAAACUCUACCCAUUUCUAUACUGUGACAAAUUUUUAAACCAAUGUAUUUUUUCAAUGACUGUGGUCUUAUUUAUUUUGGAGCAACGAUAUUUUUAAAGUAAUAACUUUCAAUGUUGGAUUUAAUUUUAAACAUUCUUAAGUGUAAUUGUCGACUACAUUUUGACGGUUAUUUUAUAAUAAAAUAUUCUAAAUUUUCAGUAUACAAAUGAGUAUUUUUGUUUUAAAAUGAUUACGUUCCCAUGCAGUCACCUUCAUUUGUUCAUUUGCCGAUUGUCUCAGCCCACUUUGGGUAUUUUUAUUGUGUUCUUUAUGAAGCAUAAAUUAAUUCAUAUUUUAUAUUGUUCAGAUAAAACUAUAUUUACCCAACAUUUUGGAGUUGAAAAUUUAAAAAAAAAAUUAAAAUUGUGAUGUAUGUUUACUAAGUGAUGAUAAACAAAUGAAAUUUUUUUUUAUCCUGAUAUAAAUUUUAUUUUAAUCUACACUACCCGGUACCACAUCUUGUGGUAAUAAGCCAGUAGUAAAUACUAGCACACAAUUCCAAUUUGUGUUUAUUUACAUAAUUGUAAUAAAAUAAAAUCCAUAUGCAAAACUAAUAACUUAUAAAUGUGUAAUCAUUGUGUAUUUAAUGGACACCUACAUUGUAAAUGCUCUUACCCUAAUGUAACCAGUUAUGUUUGAUAUUAAUGCUUUACCUUUAAAUACAUUUAACUGCUAUGCUUAUAAAGUAAAUCUUUUUGUUUUAAAGUUCCACAUAUUUAACAAUAUUAUUCAAUUUUUGAUUAAGGUUUUAAAAUACUUAACCUUUGAUUUUAUUUUAAAAAACACAUUUUUAUUUUGUUUUAUUAUUGCAGUAAGAACUGUUUUUAUUAAUUUUUUUUUAUAUAUUAUUCUUACAUUCAAAUUUUUAAUUUCCGAUUCUGAAUUUCAAUCAUUUAAUCCAGAAUUUAAUUUCUAAUCAGCUUCUGCAUUUUUGAAAAAAUCUCCUUCAAUGCCUGUUUGAUAUUGAGGAAAAUAUAUUUCAUCAAAGAGAACAUGCAAUGACACCUCUAUAAUUUGUUUGGUGAAAAACUUACAGGGUAAUUUAAAAACAAGAACUGGCCAUGUUUGUGAAAUUGUGAUGUAGUAUGUCAUGUAGUACAGCCAUUUUGACCAGUAACUAGUCGUGAAUUAUUUCCUCCCCCACCCCCUCCACUCGAUCACUUAUUGCGACCAUGACAGCCAAUGUACCGUCCUAGGAAGUUGACACGAAAUGUCUGGGCGACAUUGAAACCUUUAGAAAUGUAACUCAUCUCAGGGAGAAACAUCUUGUAGGUUAGUUUUUUUUUUAAAUUUCCCGGGGACUCGCUCUUAAAUUUCCAUUCUGUGGUCCAAAUCAUCAUCUAGUUUAAUUGUCUUGCAGAUGUGUGAAAAAAAAAUAUAUUUUAUCAGACUUGAUUUUAUAAAUAUUUACACUUUUAAAAAAAAUAUCCCUUUUCAGAGUUGGUUUUAUAAACAUUUAAACUUUUACCUCUUCUUUGAUCUGAUAGAACCUCAUUUAAAAUGUCAGUAGCUACUCAUUUAGCUUUUAAAAGUGAAACAAAAGUUGACUUCCUCUGCACAAACUCAUUUAACAGUAGUAAUCUCCCUUUGAAUCUUGUUUAACAAAUUGUGAUCUGAGUACAAAGAUUUAAUCUGCUUUGUUUUGUAUUUACAAGUAUCUUACAUUGAAGGCUUCCAUGCACCUCCAUUUUCUGAUUGACUUACUCUACCUGUGUAAAUACUAAUGUAUCAUAUAAGAGUGCGCUGCCACUUACUCAUGUCACAAAAAAAAACAUUAAAAAAUUGCACAUGAUUUUUUAGGUGAUAGCAUACUCACACUUGUAGGGACAGAAACUGGUUUAAAUCUAGCUAGAAAGCAUUCAGAAAUUUAAUAUAAAUUUAUACUGAAUAUUUCCUUUCAAAGAAACUAUGUUAAAAGGGAAUAUCAACUUAAAAUUUUUUUUUAAAGUUCUCAAUCAAAUACAAAAUAUUAGGUGCAAAUUUAUUUAAGACAAUCUUUUACCUUUGUGCACUAGUGUCAUGUUCUAUGCGCAAAAGAAAAAAAAAUUAAAGUUAUCUUAAAGCAAUAUUUUUUUCCAUUUUUAAAUGUUAAUAUAAAAUGAAUGCAUGCUAUUAUAAAUAUAGUGCAAGGAAUUGUGUGCACUCGCAGAAAAACUUUUUUUGUCUUGAGUUACAUUUAAAACAUAUUAAUCACAUAUUGGUUGUUGGGUUCUAUUUGAGAUGGGCAUGGUGAAAGUAAUAGUUUGAUCAACAGGCCAUUGGACUUAAAACAUGUCCCCCCUAUUUUAUAUUUCUUUUACGUUUAUGAUUGGUCAUUCUUCUGAAUUGUAUACAUUCAUGUUGUUAUGGUUUUUUAUAUUGAAAGUGUUAACUCUGGUUCUUCUUUGUGAUAUCAAUUAUUUUUCACCUCAUUGUUACAAAGGCGCGGUGGUGUUAGCGUGGUUGGAAGUAGCAGGGCUGUCAGCCAUUGAAUGGAACAUGUUCAGAUUUGUGAAAAUGUACAAAGGUGGAGGGUCAGCCCCAGUGAAAUGUAGAGCUAUGCCACUGCUUGACACCACAACACAGAAAUCACAACAGGGUGUACAGGGAGGGAACUCAUGUAUUUAAACACAGGACUAGAUUUCUUUCUUUUUUAUCAGUCAAAUUUUAAAAUCGUAUCGCUGCACAGAGUUGGAUUGGGUUUCAAAUAUAAACCAUUUUGGGAAAGCCAGAUGUAAAUGACGAGUUUUAUAAAAGUUUUUUUUUUUAAAGAUCUAAAUAAUCGUUUCUAAAAAUUUCAACAUUAAAUAACACACACUACUUUCAACAAACACAUGCGUAACUAUGGGUGAAAGAAAAGUUGUUAAUAAAAUGAUUAAUAUAUUUUACUAAUUAAACUAAAAUUUACAUAUCCAAAACUAUUUUAAUAUUUUAUUUGAUCCAAGAGAAAUAUUGAAGUUUCUUUAUGAAACUUGUUUUGAGCUAUUGUUUUUUUUUUUUAAUUUAAAAAAAAAAGACUUUUUAUCAAAUAGUACAUAUCAAUCUAAGAAAUCAAUUGAAUAGAUAAACAAUCUGUCUCACUCCUGGUCCAUUUAUUUCCAUAACUUUGUGCUGUUUGUUUUCUGGUUUGAGUGGAAUAAAAAUCUAUCUGGAUUUUAAUUCGGUAAAAUUUUUCUCUCCAUGUUCUAUAACUGAUUCGUGUUUUAAAUUUCCCUUUUUAUUUCAUUAUUUAUUAAACCAAGCUUCAGGUUUAUUGUAUCUUGUAUCUGGCAUUGGACCUUAAAGAACAAAUUCACACUUAAUAAUCACAUGACUUAAUCACACUGUACAUAUUUACAUCUGAUAUAUUUGAUUAUCUUUUUAUAUGUAUUUUUAACCACAUUAUAAAUACAAUAAUUAAUACAAUCGGUAAUUAUUACUGUUAUAUCAUGUUUUUCACAAAUUAAUUUUUCCUCAUGUUUUGUUGUGGAUGAGAUGUAUGCUAAUAUCUACUUUGCUUUAAUCAUAAUCAUUUAGCCUAUGAGAGAAGUAUGUAUUAUAUAAUAUUAAAACAGAUGAAUAUAAAUUUAACACAUUAAAAAUUGAUUUAAAAUCAACCUUGAGACAUUCAGAGUUCAAAUUUUCAGGGUUACAAUAAGUACUUUUUAUGAAUCAUGUAUAAUGGUAUAAUUGAUUAUGAAACAUUUAAAUUAAAUGUUCAUAUUGAUAGUUUUCAUUUUAAUAGUUGGAAUUAUUGGAAAAAUCAUAAAACAGAAUAGGAGAAUGUUCUUUUAAAUGUUGGAAACACAUUGGAAUAACUGGACCAAAAAGUCUUUCUGUAGCCUAGCUAUAGUUUUUAGUGGAUUGGAUGAGGAGCAUAAACUGCUUGUAUUUAUUUUUAAAAAAAAAGGUCUGCAUUUCCAAUGCUAUUUAUUAAUCAGGAAGCAUUUUUAAAAAUUAUAAUUGUUGUAAUUCAGAAAUUUGCUGAUGUUUUUUCUUUCUCAAUUAAACCUGUACUUACAAGAUAUAAACUUAUUAUGGGAAGAAAAACAAAUAUCACAAUAACCAUGUACUUAUGAGGGUACAAUCAUAAUGGAAUUUGUUUUCAGCUUUGUUUUUUUUUUAUAAAGUACAAAGUAGCGAAAACUUCCAUUGGUUGUGUGCUUAUGAAGGCACACACACUUGGAUUGAUCUCAGUAGAUUUAGCUUGUUUUUUUUUUUUUUUGGUUUGUUUUCAUGUCUCAAAGGUUAUCAGGUGUGGGAUUUUAUGAAUGUUUUUUUUUUAAUUAAUUUAUUUUUUAAAAUCAUUUUCUUUACUAUGCAAAUUUUUAAUGGCACACCCUUCCUAUUUUUUUUAAUUUAUAUUUUUUUUUUGGUUAUUAUGCCAAAAUGUUUUAAACUAUCCCAAAUUUAAUUUUCGAAGAUAAUCCUAAAAUUCUACAUUAUUUAAAUAGAUUAACAAAAUAUCAUACAUUAUUUUUACUUGUGAUAGACAGAAAUAGUAUUUAUCUAGUACAAAUUGUAGAGUUAAAGAGUUCUAUUUGAAAUUAUAUUUCUGUGAUGCUUUCAUAAAAUCUAAAUUUUUUUUUAUGUCACCCCUUACAAACUUGAAUUUUAUUUAUUUUUAGAAGUGUUGUCAGUUUUCAUUUAUUUCCACAAAUCAUGAAAGCUAAUUUAAAUUAGAUGUUAAAUUCCGAAGAUCUUGUAUAUAUUUAUAUAAUGCGUACAUGUAAAGCGAGACAACGUAAAGGUAAGAUCUGAAAAGUGUUUAUUUAUUUUCCACUUGUAUCUGUUGUUGAUCCACAUACCAAGAAAUAAGCAAUAGUCAGUGUUGUACUACUUUACUAUCAUUGUCUUGUUGUUUCAAGUAUUCUCUCUUGUUUCAACUUCUGACCUCAAAAAAAAAUCUUUUUUUUUUCUAUCAGUUUCUAAAUGCAAUGGAAUUUAUUUAUUUUAAAAAAAAAAAAGCUUUAUUUAAAAUUAGAAUUUUUAGAUGAAAUGGAAAAUUGUCAUGAGUAGAUUAGGAAAGCUUUAAGGGUACGAAAAAUAAGAAUUUGGAACUUAUGCUUGUGUGUUUAUCAGCUUAAUCUUUGAACUAGUGGACCAAGUCAUGCUAGAUUUUUAUUGAUCUGCCUGAUUUUGUUGCAGCCAUAGCUAUUUCUAUAAACUAAAAAGUCUUAAAUAAUCAUUAAGCUCUAAAAGGUUAGAAAAUUUGAUGACAUAUCUAGAUCAAAAUAGUUUUUUUUAAAUAUAGAAAUUGAUUUGCAUGUUUUAUUUUUUUUUUGUUACUGUCAGUACUAAACUUAUUUAAAAGAAGUUGAUUACCAAAAAAUUUAAUUAAAGUAAUAUCAGCUUCAGGCUUAAUUUAACGGUACUGUCUCCACAAAAUAUUUCAGUCCAUUUGUUUGCAUUCUUUAUUUUUUCCAUGGAUAUUAUAACCAAUGAAUUAUUUUCAUGCAAGGCUUUAUAUUUUAUCAACCUUACAAUCCCCAAUUGCUUUAAGUGUAUUUUAAAAUGACAAACUGGAAAUGGAUGAGAAAUAAGUGUAACUUUAUUUUUGCUGAUAAAACUAUUUUGCGUAAAUGUUAUGAAAAUGAUUUUUCUCCAAUAAUCUCCACCUCAUUAUUCCACUACUCACCUUUGAAAUUAAUUUUAUCAUUUUUUUUUUAAAUUCUGCAAAACUUGGGUAAAUGUAAAUAUCAGCUAGUAAUUUUUUUUCAGCGCUGCUUUUAUUAAAGAUAUUUACAACUACUUAAAAUUUUACUUGCUUUUAACUAAGAUAAACAAUCAUUUUUAAUAAUAUAUACAAAAAAUUAAUCAUGAGCUUAGGUGUGUAAGUUGAGUUAAAUGCCACCAUUAAUUUUGGAUGCAUAAGUUGAGAAUUUUUUCCGCGUGUUAAAAAUAUCAACCAGGUUAACUACAUGAAAGCAAUUUCCACAACCAGUGUUGCAAUUAAUGUAAAGGUAGACAACUAUUGUUUGAACUGAUUCUCCACAUGCCUGUGUGUGAUAGGUCAGUUUUUUGUAGGUAGUUCGACCAGGAAAAGCAGUUGUUGUUGUCUUCCUAUUAAAUUAUUUUAAUAUGAACCUCACACCAUGAUCUGAUUUGACUUGCACCUGUUUCACAUUCGUUGCAAAAGAAUGAAAAAAAAAAUGAAUUUUGAAGAAGGAUAUUUUGAGCUGUAAAAUUUGUAAUUUUUUUUUUAUAAACAUUUUCAACUCACCAAAAAUGUCAUUUUUUUUGAGUGACUUGUCAAAUAAACAGUUUAUUGAAGUGUCACAAUAUUGAAAUAUGUUGAUUACAAUGAACACAAACGUACAGCAUGUUUUUUUUUUAUUUCCACUUUGCACAAGUCAAAUAUUUUUGUAUGGAAGAAACAUGCUAGUCUUUUUCCUGCGUCUUUAGUUGUUAUGUAAAAUAGUAGUAUCAAAUAUGCAAUUAUGAGAGGUUUUUUAAAAAGUAGUUUUAAUAGUGAGAAAAAGAGUAGUUCCAAUUUUGUAUUUUAUUUUAAAACAAGGGUAAAUGUAGUUUAUACAGUUCUUUUUUUUUACAUGUGAGAACUGAGUGCCAAAUCUAUUGAGGCAACUGAAAUAUUUUUUAACUAAAUUUUUUUUCUAAAUAUUUUAUUUACAUCACCCCAAUCAAUUCGCUUAAGUCCUGAAUGUACGCAAUCUUUUUAUUGCUAAUGGGAAUUGAAAUACUUUUUUCUCUGCUCCAUUUCAGUUGUUCAGAAUAAAACAAGCAUCCUAAUUGUAAAUAACUAGGUUAAUUAAACUGACCACAUCGUUCACGCUACCUAGCCACACGUUUAAAGCUAACUAAGUGGUUUAGUUAGCCUUAACCCAGGCUAUCUAGAGUGGACUAAAUAGGCGCAAGUCUUGUUUGUUGUAAAUAUAAAACCACAUCAUCUAUUUUAAUUUUUGGUCCAUUACUUGUUUUUUAAUUUUCAGUUUCUGCUUAUUAUCUGGCCUUUUCCUCCCCUCCCCUUUCUUAUAAUUAUGAUAACAUUCUACUUUGUCAUGCACACCAUUUUUUUUUUCCUCUUAAAAAUUACAAUAAAAUUGUGUAUCAACACUGA